UUGUUUUUCUCCGCUACAUUGUCGACGAGCGCGAUGAUCGAGGUUAAAUACUUGAAGAAAUACCUCUUAGUGCGUGGAAUAGUGAUAAGCUACAACUAUUUUGGCUGGGGUCUCGAUCUUCCUGAAGUAUAGCCAAUGCUGCAAGCAAUCGCUGACAAGAGUAUACCAGUAUUCCUUCAUCCCGAAUUACGGGUUGGCGGACAGUGUAUUUGGACCUUGUUAUAGAAACCGUGGACAGGCUCUCGGGUAUCGUUGGAAUUCACCACGAAGAGGACGAUUCCCAUGUCGCCCAUUUUCGUAGCUGAUCUUCAACAAAAUACCUGACUUGAAGGCAAUCCUAUCUCAUGCCGGCGGUAUGCUAUCGUUCAUUGCACGUCGAAUCGAGGCAUGUAUUGAGCAGGACCGCGAAUGAGAAACGCAGGGGUCGACCAAAUGCGGCAAGGAAGCCUAUAUGGGAGGUGCUAGAGAAGAACAUAUACAUGGAUGGCAUCUUCUUCGACAAUAUUCCUUUGAAAGGAGCGGCAGGUGCUAUAAGUAUUGACAGGCUGAUGUUCGGUAUAGACUACCUGUCGCUCCCCAGCUUGAGGAAGGACGGGAUGUAUGCGGACCAUGGCGUCAAAUAGGGAUGCAACAAAGGCGUGAUUCGGAAAGGGUGAAGAACAUGACAAAGUCAUGGGCUGAAACGCGGUGAGGCACUGAACCUCAAAUAGUAAUA